CGUUCGUAUGUAUGUACGUGGCCUUUAGUCGCCGAGCAAAGCCUCGAGAGUCAAGGAGAUACACCGUGCGCGAUCUAGCUCGGCCAGCUCAUGCGUCUAUCGUGAGCGGAAUCUGAAUGCACGGUGAAAAUGCAUCCCGGAACGAGACGAUGUUCGGGAUUCUGCUGGUUGACAAUAGCGGUGCUCGUCGGCCUUCUUGUAAGCGACACCGGCGGCGUUUGGAAGAGACGGGAGGAUAAUACGAAAUGCCCGAAAGUGAAGGGCAUACGCAACUUUGACAUAUCCGAGUUUCUCGGAUCGUGGUACAUAGUACAGUACUACGCGAGCUCAGAGGAAGCUCUCGCCUACCGAUGCAUGAGAGCCGAACUUUCAGUUUCGCCCGAAAGCGCCGAAGUUACCAUGAAUUUCACUUACAGCUUUACCGAUGAUCCCAUUAACGAGCUGCUCGUUGGUAACAUCACCUGGAAAAUCCCAUCAUCGGAUUUACCUGCUCAUUGGGUGCACGCCGAGUUUCCAUAUGAAGGAGUGUACAAUACAUAUGUGUUAGAUUCAGAUUAUAAGUCAUGGGCGUUACUAAUGCAUUGUGCUGAAAAGAGCGAAAGCCCACGAUAUUUAUCAAGCUUCAUCAUGAGUCGCGAAGCGAGCCUAGGGGCAAACGUCAUUUCUUAUCUUCGCGAGAAGCUGCCUAGGUACGACAUCGACUUGGAAUACAUGUUUCCUAUGGAUCAAAAGCAAUGCAAUAAAACGAAUAACGAAGAUAUGCUAAUUCCGGUGUUGGAAUCGACCAAAAGAAGCAACGCUGUCCGAAGGCAUCCGUUGAAACGCAAACACAGACGCCAAUGAAUUUCAUUUAAAUCAAACACUCCCGUUACUUUGGGCUAAUUUUAUUAAUUCAAUUAACAACGUGUUAUAAUACUCUUCGUCUCGUCCUCUUAUUUAUAAUUACAUAAUUGUAAUGAA